CUGCCUAAGCGGCUCAUCGAUCGAGAGAGCGCGGGCCGGCGGUGCCGUGCAGCGGCAGCACAGAGGGCCACCCGCACGGGUCUCGAUCGAUGGCCAAGACGACAAUGCAGUGGAAGCCGGCGAAGCGAGCGGCACCCGGAGACGGCGGCGCCGCGGGAGGGGAUGGAGAAGGGAAGAAGGAGAAGAAGACGACGACGACGACCAGGGCGGAGAGCGACGCCGCGUCGGCGGGGGAGUUGGUGAUCAGCGUCCCCGUGCACUGCGACGGCUGCGCCCGGAAGCUGCGCCGCUCCGUGCAGCGUCUAGAUGGCGUGGAGGAGGUGACCGUGGAUUGCCGGACCAACACGGUGGUCGUUCGCGGGCCGAAGGCGGCGGAGGAUCCGGCUGCGAUUGUGGAGGUCGUGGACAGGAGGACCGGGAAGAAGGCGCUAGUGUUGAGUUCGUCGCCGGCCAAGCCCAAGCCACCGCCGUCACCGGAGAAGAAGGGUACGGAGGCGACCAAGAAGGAUGCUUCUUCAGAUCAGGGCAUGGACAAAGAGAUGGCUGAAGAUGACUUGGAAAUGGUAGUGGUGAUGAGGAUAGACCUGCACUGCGAGGCAUGCUGUGAAGAGAUCAAACGGAGGGUACUCAAGAUAAAAGGAGUGGAGGAGGUCGUGCCGCACAUGAAAUCGUCGCAGGUGACGGUGAGAGGGAAGAUCGAGCCGGCGACGCUAGCAGGGCUCAUCCACAAGUGGACCGGACGGAGAGCCGCCAUCUUCAGGGCGGAACCGCUGCUGCAGCAACCAUCACCGUCUCCACCUCCGUCGCCGCCGAAGGUAGACGAAGGGCAUCCAGAGGCGGCGCCCGAACCGGUGCCGGAGAAGGAGGAGACGAAGGAAGGAGACCAACCACCAUCGUCGGACGAUGCGCAGGAGAAGGAAGGGGCAGCAGCCGAAGAGAAGGAGAAGGAGGAGGAGGAAGGAGAGCCGGUUGACGAGGAGGAGGAAGGUAGAGGCGAACUCCAGAACGAGAACCCCAUCGUCGGCGCCGCAGGCAGCAGCAAUGGCGCCGCGGAGGAGAGCCACACCGCCACCACCACGAACGGUCACCUCUUCAGGGCAGCCGUCCAAGAACCAGUUGCUGCGGUGGCGCCGGAGAGCGAGAAGACGGCGACGGGCAACCAGCUCUACCAGUGCCGCUACUACUACUACCCGGCCUAUACUUACGACGCAUAUCCAUGUCCGCAGUAUCGUGAUCAGUUCCAGCAGCAGAACUACUCGUAUGCUGCUGGUUAUCCUCCUGCCAUGUAUGGGUACUAUCCACGUCAUGUGCCAGAGGCCUUCAGUGACGAGAACCCAAAUGUAUGUAGCGUCAUGUAGCAAUCAAUGCAUGUGUAAACUGCUACUAUGCGUUAAUAUUUGCAAUAAAUCACGU